AUGCCCUCCCCAUCACCAUCCCCAUCACCCUCAAGCACCUCCUCCCUAUCCACCAUCCCAACCGCCCACGCGAGCCGCACCCAAACUCUAAGCCGGCCGCAAACCAACAUCGAGGUCUCGCGCAUCGAGACACUUCGUCUGACGCACGAAUCCACCGUCGGGUCAAAGGCGCCUCAGACACCUCGGGAUGAAUGGUUACCUAUGGGCGGGGGGAAAGAGUUUCCCCCGUUACUACCGGAUCCGGAUCGCUAUGUGGUCGAGUUUACGGGUGAGGAGGAUCCGAUGCAUCCGCAUAAUUGGCCCAUUGGGACGAAGAUUCUCCUUUCAGGUAUCCUAGCCUACGUGACGUUUACUGCGUCUUUCGCUAGUGCGAUCUUUUCUUCGACUGUCGGGGCGCUUAGUAUACACUACGGGAUUAGUACCGAGGUCGCGACGCUCGGCGUGACGCUGUAUGUGCUCGGGUUCGCGGCCGGGCCGACGUUCUGGGCGCCUGCGUCGGAGCUGUCUGGGCGGCGGUGGCCCAUUACUGCUGGGGUGUUUGGGUAUAGUAUCUUUACGGUGGCGACGGCUACAGCGAAGGAUGUGCAGACGAUUAUGUUGACCCGGUUCUUUGCGGGUUUGUUCGCGGCGAGUCCGUUGUCAAUUGUGCCGGCGGCGUUUUCGGAUAUCUACAAUAAUCGGACGCGGGGGAUUGCGAUCGCGAUGUUUGCGAUGGCAGUGUUUGUGGGGCCGUUUGCGUCGCCGUUUACGGGAGGUUUCAUUGUCAUGAGUUAUCUGGGGUGGAGGUGGACAAUGUAUAUUGCCGCGAUUAUGGGGUUUUUGGGGUCAGCGCUGUUGCUGUUGUUUUAUAAGGAGACGUAUGCGCCAGCGUUGUUGAUGGCGAAGGCGGCGACGGUGAGGAGGCAGACGAGGAAUUGGGGAAUUCAUGCGAAGCAGGAUGAGGUGGAGAUUGACUUUCGGGAGCUGAUUACGGUGAAUUUUAGUCGGCCGUUUCGGAUGCUGUUUACGGAGCCGAUUGUAUUUCUGGUUACGCUGUACAUGUCGUUCAUUUAUGGCCUCAUGUAUGCCUUGCUGGCGGCAUAUCCGGUGGUGUUUCAGGAUAUUCAUGGCAUGAAUCUUGGGGUGGGCAGCUUACCGUUUAUUGGGCUAAUUAUUGGGGAGAUUCUGGGAGGAGUGUUUGUCUUGUCGAGUCAGGGCUCGUAUACCAAGAAGUUGAGGGCAAAUAACGACAUCCCCAUCCCCGAGUGGCGGUUGCCUCCGGCCAUCGUCGGGGGCAUCUCAUUCACCAUUGGACUCUUCUGGUAUGGCUGGACCGGAUGGACGCGAUCGAUCCAUUGGAUGGCCCCGACGGCGUCCGGGCUGUUCACCGGGUUCGGCAUCUACUGCAUCUUUCUGCAGUGUUUCAACUAUCUGAUUGAUUCGUAUCUGCAAUUCGCCGCGUCUGUUUUUGCUGCCAACACCAUCCUGCGGUCUGCAGUUGGGGCAUGCUUCCCUCUCUUUGCGCGACAGAUGUUUGUCAACCUGGGGGUGCAGUGGGCAGGCACAUUGCUGGGGUGUCUCGCGGCGAUUAUGAUCCCUAUCCCCGUGGGGUUCAUCAUGUUUGGACCCGCCCUACGACGGAGAAGCAAGUUUGCCCCGGCGGCAGCGGUGUUCCAGGAGAAGUCGGCCUAG